AUGAUUGCCAAGCUCGGAAUCGUCAGCCUCCUCGCAGGCUCGCUAUCUGGCGUCUUGGCUCAGACCUUUCAACGACUGGGAACGUGCCAGACGCUGGGGUGUCUGCUGCCUCCUGACCAGAGCGACUUCCUGCCCGGCCAGCUGUUUGAUCUGCGUGUCGAGGUUCACGCUCCCGUCAACGGCUCCGAGGCCGCCCACGACGGCAAGCCCGACGACAAGUUCAAGGUCACCAUUGCCAAGGACGGCGAGAAGGCCAAGGACUUUGCCCACGCAUUCGGCAUCAAGGAGCCCGCCCUCGAGAAGUGGACAUUCAGCUGGUUCGAGGAUCUCUUCGCCCAGGAUGCCCACAAGCCCUCCGUCGUCAACGUCGCCUCCAAGGCCUACCGCAAGAUUGCCCUGUACGAGCCGGGCACUUAUACCGUCACCCUGAGCUACUACAACGGCGAGAAUACCACCGCCAAGUGGGUUGUUCGCGACCUGCACACUAAGAAGAGGGCCAAGAACGUCAUCUUCUUCAUUGGCGAUGGGAUGACCACCAACAUGAUCACUGCUGCUCGCCUUCUUGGACACCAGAGCAUCAAUGGCAAAUACCAGACCCGUCUGCAGCUCGACGACUUCCCCGUGCUGGGCCACCAGAUGACACACUCCAUUGACAGCUACAUUACCGACUCUGCCAACUCGGCCUCUGCUCUGUACUCUGGCCACAAGAGUACCGUCAAUGCCAUGGGUGUCCACGCCGACUCCUCUCCCGAUGCUUUUGAUGACCCCAAGGUUGAGACCAUUGUCGAGAUCUUCAAGCGUGUUCGCAAGGGUGUUUGGGGCGCCGUCUCCACCGCGUUCCUUGCCGAUGCGACGCCAAUUGCUUUGACUGGGCACACUCGAAGGCGGAGCGAGUACGGCCCUCUCAUUGACCAGGCACUGCAUGGUGUCACCAACUUCUCCUGGACCAACCACGGCGGCCCCGAUGUCUUCUUUGGCGGCGGUGCUGAGCAGUUCCUCCCCGGUGCCGGUUCCUACCAGGGCAAGGACUACUAUGCUGAAUUUGCAAAGAAGGGGUAUACCGUGGCCCUUGAUAAGAAGUCCCUCCUCAAGGCCGACAACAACAGAAAGGCUCUCGGCGUCUUCUGCCAGGGCGUCAUGCCCGUCUGGCUGGACCGCAACAUCUACAAGGACGUCCUCAAGAAGUUCAAGAACGACCCCAAGGGCACCACCGCCCCUGCCCUCGACCUGCCCGGUCUCAAGGACAUGACGCUCAAGGCCGUUGACAUCUUGCAUAAGCGUGGUGGUGACGAGGGUUUCUUCCUCAUGUCCGAGGCUGCUUCCAUCGACAAGGCCAUGCAUGUCCUCGACUACGACCGUGCUCUGGGCGAUCUUUUGGAGCUUGACGAUACCGUCCGCGCCACGGUUUCCAAGCUGGAGAAGAUGGGCAUCCUGGACGAGACCCUGAUUAUUGUCUCUGCUGACCACGGCCACGGCUUCGACGUCUUUGGCUCUGCCGAUACCGAGUACCUUGCCGCCCAGAAGGAUGAGCGGGCCAAGCGCAACGCCAUCGGUGUCUAUGAAAAGUCCGGCCUCUCCCAGUAUACGAAGAAGGGCAAGGUCAGCUACGGCACCGGCGUCAACUUUCCCACCAACUGGGAGCCUCGCUACGCCAUCGCCGGCGGCGUUGGCGCCGCUCCCGACCACCGCGAGAACUACAAGGUGCACAAGGACGCCCCCAGGCUGCCCGCCGUGCCCAUGGGCAGCGAGUACUUUGUCAAUCCCGAGGACGGCGUCGACGGCAUUGUGAUCAACGGAACCAUCCCCACCACCGAGGCCCAGGGCGUCCACUCCCUGACCGACGUGCCCGUCUUUGCGCUGGGGCCCUGCCAGGAAACCUUUGGCGGCACCUACGGCAACGUUGACAUCUUUUACAAGAUUGCCAACUGCCUGGGUUUGGCACACGGCAAGGAGAGCUACUAG